AUGAAUCUACAGGACAAAGGCAAAGGAAUCCAAAUUGAGAGUGCACAUGAAGGAGAUGAUGCUAAGGACAGAUCAGAUAGCGACUAUGAGAAUGUUCAUGAAGCAGACAGUGGAGAUAGUAGUGCCAACGAUGAUGAGGCCAUAUUCUACAGGAAGUAUGUAGAAGAAUUGAAGGAGAGUGUUAGAAGGCAAAUUCUUGGAGAGGACAUGGCUAAAGUGAAAGAAGAGUUCAUUGUUCCAGAGAAUAUUAAAGAACAAGAAGAGGGAAGUGAGUGCUUUGACACUGAUGAUGAUCUUUCGUUCGAUGAAGAUAGUGAUGGAGAAGUGAGAACAAGGAAGACCAAACACAGAGUAUAUGAUGAGAGUGCUCAGGUGAAAGAGUUUGAAGUUGGGCAAAGCUUCACUGACAGUAGACAGUUCAAACAAGAACUUAUCAAUUAUGGAUUGAAGGAGCACCAUCAUUUGACUUUUCCCAAAGAUGAGAGGACAAGAGUUCUUGCGGAAUGCAAAAGGAGAAACAAUAAGCUUGUUACUAGUGCAGUAAUAGCAGAGAAGUAUUUUAGGGAGAUCAAGGAUAAUCCUGGUUGGAGGAUUCAUAAGAUGCAGGAAGUUGUGCUAGAAGAUUUACUUGCUGAUGUUAGUGAAUCAAAGUGCAAAAGAGCUAAAAAAAUUAUGGACAUGCUUAUUGAUAACACAACUGGAGAAUAUGACAGAGUGUUUGAGUACCACAUGGAAUUGGUGAGAAGCAACCCCGGAAGCACAGUUGCUGUCACCUUGAACCCUGAUGUGACUGACAAGCCUGUAUUUGAAAGAAUGUAUGUCUGUCUGGAAGGUUGCAAAAGAGGUUUCCUUGUUGGCUGUAGAAGAGUUGUUGGCUUGGAUGGGUAUUUUCUGAAAGGUCCAUUCACUGGUCAGAUCCUAAGUGCAGUUGGAAGAGAUCCUAACAACCAAAUGUACCCUAUUGCUUGGGCUACAAUUGAAGGAGAAAACUAUGAUAGUUGGUACUGGUUUUUGUCACUCCUUCAAAAAGAUAUACAGAUCAACAACCAAGGUGAUGGAUGGGUUAUUAUAUCUGAUCAACAAAAAGGCCUUAUCAAGGCAGUCAAUGAGAUUAUUCCAAAUGCAGAACUUAGAAUGUGUGCGAGGCACAUCUAUGCGAAUUGGAGAAAGGAGCACAGAGACAAGGUUUUACAAAAAAAAUGUUUUGGGCUUGUGCUAAAUCCAGUGACAAGAUACAUUCAACUACAAUAG